GAUUGCUGCCGGUCUUGUUUACUCGAUGAAAAUCGCAAAUUUGUUUAGAAAACAAUCCUGUAUAAUUAAUUUUAUCGAACAGAAUUAGUGUUACUUGGUACUUAUAGCUGGUCAAUUAACUUUAUAAGAUACAUAGGUUUUAAUAUCGAUUUGGUAAAUUUUGCCAGUUUGGUGCAAAAGGUCAAACCUAAACUAUGCGUCGCUACUGGUACCGUUUGCUUCGGCUACGGAACCUCAUAGUCCUCGUCUUAAUCUUGAUAGUGCUAUACACGUUGAGGUCAUGGACCGACAGCGAGCCGCCGGUGGUGGUGACCCACAUCGGUGCGAUAAGCGGCACCAAUUUUCCAAUAUUUGUACCUAAAAGCACAAAGAAAAUAGAUUGGCACAACUACAUUCAAAUAGAACAGGAUGAAAAACGCACGGGUACUGGAGAGCAAGGCAUGGCGGCAUCUUUGCCGUCAUCAUUCGCGUCUCUAGAAGAGAGACUUUACGCUGUCAAUGGGUUUAACGGAGCUCUUAGUGACAGGAUUGCUCUUAACCGGUCGUUGAGGGACAUCAGACAUAAGCGGUGCAAGAACCGCUUGUAUAUAGAAUCCCUACCUACUGUGAGCGUGGUGGUGCCAUUUCACAACGAGCACUGGAGCACCCUACUCCGGACGGCGCAGAGCGUCGUGAACCGCUCGCCGCCGCAUUUACUAAGAGAAGUGUUGUUGGUGGACGACGCUAGUACCAAGGAUUUCCUAAAAGGCAAGCUAGACGCGUACCUAGCCGCGAACAUCCCUAAAGCCCGGGUCAUACGGUUGGCGAAGCGCAGCGGACUCAUCACGGCGCGGCUGGCGGGCGCGCGACAGGCCACGGCAGACGUGCUAGUGUUCUUGGAUUCUCACACAGAGGCUACUGUCAACUGGUUGCCACCGUUGCUAGAGCCGAUAGCACUAGACUACCGCACGGCAGUUUGCCCGUACAUCGACGUGAUAGACUUCGCCACGUUCGAGUACCGGGCGCAGGACGAGGGCGCGCGCGGCGCCUUCGACUGGGAGCUGUUCUACAAGCGCCUGCCGCCGCUGCCGCGAGACCAGGCACGCAUGCCCGAGCCCUUCCCGUCGCCGGUGAUGGCGGGCGGGCUGUUCGCGAUCUCCCGCGCUUGGUUCUGGCAGCUGGGCGGCUACGACCCCGGCCUCGACAUCUGGGGCGGCGAGCAGUACGAGCUCAGCUUCAAGAUCUGGCAGUGCGGCGGGCGCAUGCUGGACGCGCCGUGCUCGCGCGUGGGGCACGUGUACCGCAAGUUCGCGCCCUUCCCCAACCCCAACCACGGCGACUUCGUCGGCAAGAAUUACCGGCGGGUAGCGGAAGUGUGGAUGGACGAGUACGCGGAGUACCUGUACGAGCGGCGGCCGCACUACCGCCUCAUCGACCCCGGCGACAUCUCCGAACAGAAGGCCAUCCGGCUGAAGCUCAAGUGCAAGUCGUUCCGAUGGUUCAUGACGCAGGUGGCUUUUGAUCUCACUGCUAAGUACCCGCCGGUGGAACCAAAAGCGUUCGCGGAAGGAAGGAUCCGUCCGAUGGCUGCGCCAGACUUGUGCGCGGACGCCUACCACGGCAACAACAAGGAGACGGUCCUACUGAAGCCGUGCCAGAACGGGCUCACCGAGCAAGUAUGGGAGUUCAGCUGGCACAAGGACAUCAAAGUUAAAACUAGGAGGAUAUGCUGGGACCUGCCGGAGUCUUUGCCCAAGAGUCCUGUGCGUCUCUACGACUGCCACCUCGGCGGCGGCAACCAGGAGUGGUGGUACGAUCCGAUAACACACCAAAUUCACAAAUCACGUCAAAUAUGCCUGGACAGCUCGGCAGCUGACGAGAAGUUGUUCGUAUCUGGUUGCAAUGGCAGCGCGAAGUCGCAGCGUUUCCUGCUCGACCACGUCGACCGCGACGCGCUCUCGCACUGGGAUUCGCUGCACCUCACCAUCACCGGGCCUGAGGUGCCCGACUGGUACAUAGACAACUGACAGGUACAAAGGAAAUUUAAGGCCGACGAAACAAUGUAAACAAUCUGACUGUCACCCUGAGCAUAGAGAAAUAUAGUAAGAAUAGAGUGGUCACACCAUACUUCACCAAAACAACUAUUAUUUUCGCAGUCGACAUCUAGCAAUUCUAGCAUCGAGUAGCGGAAUUAUUAGUACCGCUACUUGAUACUCGAAUUCUCAAGUGUCGUGACUCACGAAAAUUGUAUUGAACAACAGUUUACAACUAAUAUUAAAAGCAGAAGACGUUGAAAGUAGAGUUCCGGUUAAUCCGGUGAUAAUAUUAGCUGAAAAUUAAUUAAUAGACUUUUUAGCUGGUGCAGCAUCUAUUGUCAAGUAGCGGUACUGAUAAUUCCGCUAG